AGUGGAUUUGGAUCAAACACAUGUGAACAUGGUCAGGAUGCUGCUGUCAUCUGUUCAGCUGUGUCCAUCAUUUUAACGGGAUCUGGAUCAACUACAUGUUCUGGCAGAGUUGAAGUUUAUCUCAACAACAGCUGGGGAACAGUCUGCGAUGAUGGCUGGGACUUAAAUGACGCUGAGGUGGUUUGCAGACAGUUGAACUGUGGGUCUGCACUGGAAGUUCCUCAGUCAGAUCACUUUGGUGCAGGAACUGGACAGAUCUGGCUUGACAAUGUGAGCUGUUCAGGAAAUGAAAGUUCUCUAACUGAGUGCCAACACAGUGGAUUUGGAUCAAACACAUGUGAACAUGGUCAGGAUGCUGCUGUCAUCUGUUCAGCUGUGUCCAUCAUUUUAACGGGAUCUGGAUCAACUACAUGUUCUGGCAGAGUUGAAGUUUAUCUCAACAACAGCUGGGGAACAGUCUGCGAUGAUGGCUGGGACUUAAAUGACGCUGAGGUGGUUUGCAGACAGUUGAACUGUGGGUCUGCACUGGAAGUUCCUCAGUCAGAUCACUUUGGUGCAGGAACUGGACAGAUCUGGCUUGACAAUGUGAGCUGUUCAGGAAAUGAAAGUUCUCUAACUGAGUGCCAACACAGUGGAUUUGGAUCAAACACAUGUGAACAUGGUCAGGAUGCUGCUGUCAUCUGUUCAGCUGUGUCCAUCAUUUUAACGGGAUCUGGAUCAACUACAUGUUCUGGCAGAGUUGAAGUUUAUCUCAACAACAGCUGGGGAACAGUCUGCGAUGAUGGCUGGGACUUAAAUGACGCUGAGGUGGUUUGCAGACAGUUGAACUGUGGGUCUGCACUGGAAGUUCCUCAGUCAGAUCACUUUGGUGCAGGAACUGGACAGAUCUGGCUUGACAAUGUGAGCUGUUCAGGAAAUGAAAGUUCUCUAACUGAGUGCCAACACAGUGGAUUUGGAUCAAACACAUGUGAACAUGGUCAGGAUGCUGCUGUCAUCUGUUCAGCUGUGUCCAUCAUUUUAACGGGAUCUGGAUCAACUACAUGUUCUGGCAGAGUUGAAGUUUAUCUCAACAACAGCUGGGGAACAGUCUGCGAUGAUGGCUGGGACUUAAAUGACGCUGAGGUGGUUUGCAGACAGUUGAACUGUGGGUCUGCACUGGAAGUUCCUCAGUCAGAUCACUUUGGUGCAGGAACUGGACAGAUCUGGCUUGACAAUGUGAGCUGUUCAGGAAAUGAAAGUUCUCUAACUGAGUGCCAACACAGUGGAUUUGGAUCAAACACAUGUGAACAUGGUCAGGAUGCUGCUGUCAUCUGUUCAGCUGUGUCCAUCAUUUUAACGGGAUCUGGAUCAACUACAUGUUCUGGCAGAGUUGAAGUUUAUCUCAACAACAGCUGGGGAACAGUCUGCGAUGAUGGCUGGGACUUAAAUGACGCUGAGGUGGUUUGCAGACAGUUGAACUGUGGGUCUGCACUGGAAGUUCCUCAGUCAGAUCACUUUGGUGCAGGAACUGGACAGAUCUGGCUUGACAAUGUGAGCUGUUCAGGAAAUGAAAGUUCUCUAACUGAGUGCCAACACAGUGGAUUUGGAUCAAACACAUGUGAACAUGGUCAGGAUGCUGCUGUCAUCUGUUCAGCUGUGUCCAUCAUUUUAACGGGAUCUGGAUCAACUCAAUGUUCUGGCAGAGUUGAAGUUUAUCUCAACAACAGCUGGGGAACAGUCUGCGAUGAUGGCUGGGACUUAAAUGACGCUGAGGUGGUUUGCAGACAGUUGAACUGUGGGUCUGCACUGGAAGUUCCUCAGUCAGAUCACUUUGGUGCAGGAACUGGACAGAUCUGGCUUGACAAUGUGAGCUGUUCAGGAAAUGAAAGUUCUCUAACUGAGUGCCAACACAGUGGAUUUGGAUCAAACACAUGUGAACAUGGUCAGGAUGCUGCUGUCAUCUGUUCAGCUGUGUCCAUCAUUUUAACGGGAUCUGGAUCAACUACAUGUUCUGGCAGAGUUGAAGUUUAUCUCAACAACAGCUGGGGAACAGUCUGCGAUGAUGGCUGGGACUUAAAUGACGCUGAGGUGGUUUGCAGACAGUUGAACUGUGGGUCUGCACUGGAAGUUCCUCAGUCAGAUCACUUUGGUGCAGGAACUGGACAGAUCUGGCUUGACAAUGUGAGCUGUUCAGGAAAUGAAAGUUCUCUAACUGAGUGCCAACACAGUGGAUUUGGAUCAAACACAUGUGAACAUGGUCAGGAUGCUGCUGUCAUCUGUUCAGCUGUGUCCAUCAUUUUAACGGGAUCUGGAUCAACUACAUGUUCUGGCAGAGUUGAAGUUUAUCUCAACAACAGCUGGGGAACAGUCUGCGAUGAUGGCUGGGACUUAAAUGACGCUGAGGUGGUUUGCAGACAGUUGAACUGUGGGUCUGCACUGGAAGUUCCUCAGUCAGAUCACUUUGGUGCAGGAACUGGACAGAUCUGGCUUGACAAUGUGAGCUGUUCAGGAAAUGAAAGUUCUCUAACUGAGUGCCAACACAGUGGAUUUGGAUCAAACACAUGUGAACAUGGUCAGGAUGCUGCUGUCAUCUGUUCAGCUGUGUCCAUCAUUUUAACGGGAUCUGGAUCAACUACAUGUUCUGGCAGAGUUGAAGUUUAUCUCAACAACAGCUGGGGAACAGUCUGCGAUGAUGGCUGGGACUUAAAUGACGCUGAGGUGGUUUGCAGACAGUUGAACUGUGGGUCUGCACUGGAAGUUCCUCAGUCAGAUCACUUUGGUGCAGGAACUGGACAGAUCUGGCUUGACAAUGUGAGCUGUUCAGGAAAUGAAAGUUCUCUAACUGAGUGCCAACACAGUGGAUUUGGAUCAAACACAUGUGAACAUGGUCAGGAUGCUGCUGUCAUCUGUUCAGCUGUGUCCAUCAUUUUAACGGGAUCUGGAUCAACUACAUGUUCUGGCAGAGUUGAAGUUUAUCUCAACAACAGCUGGGGAACAGUCUGCGAUGAUGGCUGGGACUUAAAUGACGCUGAGGUGGUUUGCAGACAGUUGAACUGUGGGUCUGCACUGGAAGUUCCUCAGUCAGCUCACUUUGGUGCAGGAACUGGACAGAUCUGGCUUGACAAUGUGAGCUGUUCAGGAAAUGAAAGUUCUCUAACUGAGUGCCAACACAGUGGAUUUGGAUCAAACACAUGUGAACAUGGUCAGGAUGCUGCUGUCAUCUGUUCAGCUGUGUCCAUCAUUUUAACGGGAUCUGGAUCAACUACAUGUUCUGGCAGAGUUGAAGUUUAUCUCAACAACAGCUGGGGAACAGUCUGCGAUGAUGGCUGGGACUUAAAUGACGCUGAGGUGGUUUGCAGACAGUUGAACUGUGGGUCUGCACUGGAAGUUCCUCAGUCAGAUCACUUUGGUGCAGGAACUGGACAGAUCUGGCUUGACAAUGUGAGCUGUUCAGGAAAUGAAAGUUCUCUAACUGAGUGCCAACACAGUGGAUUUGGAUCAAACACAUGUGAACAUGGUCAGGAUGCUGCUGUCAUCUGUUCAGCUGUGUCCAUCAUUUUAACGGGAUCUGGAUCAACUACAUGUUCUGGCAGAGUUGAAGUUUAUCUCAACAACAGCUGGGGAACAGUCUGCGAUGAUGGCUGGGACUUAAAUGACGCUGAGGUGGUUUGCAGACAGUUGAACUGUGGGUCUGCACUGGAAGUUCCUCAGUCAGAUCACUUUGGUGCAGGAACUGGACAGAUCUGGCUUGACAAUGUGAGCUGUUCAGGAAAUGAAAGUUCUCUAACUGAGUGCCAACACAGUGGAUUUGGAUCAAACACAUGUGAACAUGGUCAGGAUGCUGCUGUCAUCUGUUCAGAUCUCAUCAGAUUAGUUGGAUCUGGAUCAUCUCGAUGUUCUGGCAGAGUUGAAAUCUUUCACAAUAACAUCUGGGGAACAGUCUCUGAUUCCAACUGGAACUUAAAUGAUGCUGAGGUGGUUUGCAGACAGUUAAACUGUGGGUCGGCACUAGAAGCUACUCAAUCAGCUUACUUUGGUCCAGGAACUGGACAGGUCUGGCUCACUGGUGUGACCUGUUCAGGAAAUGAAAGUUCUCUAAGUGAAUGUCAACACUCUGGAUGGGGAAACUACUACUACUACUACUACAACAACAACUACUACUACUACUACAACAAUGGACAUUACUCAGAUGCUGGUGUCAUCUGUUCAGGUCCAAUCAGAUUAACUGGAUCUGGAUCAACUGGAUGCGCUGGCAGACUUGAAGUUUACCACAAUAACAGCUGGGGAACAGUCUGUGAUGAUGGCUGGGACUUAAAUGAUGCUGAGGUGGUUUGCAGACAGUUAAACUGUGGGUCAGCACUGGAAGUCCCUCCAUCAGCUCACUUUGGUGCAGGAACUGGACAGAUUUGGCUUGACAAUGUCACCUGUUCAGGAAAUGAGAGUUCUCUAGCUGAGUGUCAACACAGUGGAUUUGGAUCAAACACAUGUGAACAUGGUCAGGAUGCUGCUGUCAUCUGUUCAGAUCUCAUCAGAUUAGUUGGAUCUGGAUCAUCUCGAUGUUCUGGCAGAGUUGAAAUCUUUCACAAUAACAUCUGGGGAACAGUCUCUGAUUCCAACUGGAACUUAAAUGAUGCUGAGGUGGUUUGCAGACAGUUAAAUUGUGGGUCGGCACUAGAAGCUACUCAAUCAUCUAAAUUUGGUGCAGGAACUGGACAGGUCUGGCUCACUGGUGUGACCUGUUCAGGAAAUGAAAGUUCUCUAAGUGAAUGUCAACACCCUGGAUGGGGAAACUACUACAACUACUACAACAACUACUACUACUACUACUACUAUGGACAUUAUUAUGACGUUGGUGUCAUCUGUUCAGGUGACAUCAGAUUAGUCGGAUCUGGAUCUACUCGAUGUUCUGGCAGAGUUGAAGUUUAUCACAGUAACAGCUGGGGAACAGUCUGUGAUGAUGGCUGGGACUUAAAUGAUGCUGAGGUGGUUUGCAGACAGUUAAACUGUGGCUCGGCACUAGAAGUUCCUCAAUCAGCUCACUUUGGUGCAGGAACUGGACAGAUUUGGCUUGAUCGUGUGACCUGUUCAGGAAAUGAAAGUUCUCUAACUGAUUGUCAACAUAGUGGAUUUCAAUCAAACAGAUGUGAACAUGGUCAGGAUGCUGCCGUCGUCUGUUCAGAUCUGAUCAGGUUAGCUGGAGCUGGAUCAUCUCGAUGCUCUGGAAGAGUUGAAAUCUUUCACAAUAACAUCUGGGGAACAGUCUUUGAUUUUAACUGGGACUUAAAUGAUGCUGAGGUGGUUUGCAGACAGUUAAACUGUGGGUCGGCACUCCAAGCUCCUCAAUCAGCUUACUUUGGUCCAGGAACUGGACAGAUCUGGCUCGGUGAUGUGACCUGUUCAGGAAAUGAGAGUUCUCUAAGUGAAUGUCAACACUCUGGAUGGGGAAACUACUACUACUACUACUACAACAACAACUACUACUACUACUACAACGAUGGACAUUACUCAGAUGCUGGUGUCAUCUGUUCAGGUCUGAUCAGAUUAACUGGAUCUGGAUCAUCUGGAUGCGCUGGCAGAGUUGAGGUUUACCACAAUAACAGCUGGGGAACAGUCUGUGAUGAUGGCUGGGACUUAAGUGAUGCUGAGGUGGUUUGCAGACAGUUAAACUGUGGGUCAGCACUGGAAGUUCCUGCAUUAGCUCACUUUGGUGCAGGAACUGGACAGAUUUGGCUUGACAAUGUCACCUGUUCAGGAAAUGAAAGUUCUCUAACUGAGUGUCAACACAGUGGAUUUGGAUCAAACACAUGUGAACAUGGUCAGGAUGCUGCUGUCAUCUGUUCAGAGCCAGUGGAGUUUAAUAUAGACUUGAACUUGCUCUUCCCAAUAUCCAGUCUGCCUCCAAAUUUCAUUGAUCUGUUUAGAGACUAUGUGGGAAAUUUGACUUUCCCCCAAACAAUCAGUUGGUCUUUAAUACUGGAAGAAUUGAACUUCACCACAUGGUGCUAUCCAAACUCCACUGGAGGACUGCAGUGUCAAUGUGAGGACCAGUUUGCCUGGUCAUGUGACAAGUGUGGAGUAUACGGUGCAUGCAGCAAUGUCACCUCCCAAACUUGUGAAUGCAUCAAAGAGCUUCCUUCUACUGGAGAGUUCUGUGAACCAAUUACAAAUAUUUCGUCAUGUCCAACAACAACUCCUGAAAUAACACCAUCACCUACACCAACAUACAAGCCAGUGGAGUUUAAUAUAGACUUGAACUUGCUCUUCCCAAUAUCCAGUCUGCCCCCAAAUUUCAUUGAUCUGUUUAGAGACUAUGUGGGAAAUUUGACUUUCCCCCAAACAAUCAGUUGGUCUUUAAUACUGGAAGAAUUGAACUUCACCACAUGGUGCUAUCCAAACUCCACUGGAGGACUGCAGUGUCAAUGUGAGGACCAGUUUGCCUGGUCAUGUGACAAGUGUGGAGUAUACGGUGCAUGCAGUAAUGUCACCUCCCAAACUUGUGAAUGCAUCAAAGGGCUUCCUUCUACUGGAGAGUUCUGUGAACCAAUCACAAACGUUUCUUCAUGUCCAACAACAACUCCUGAAAUAACACCAUCACCUACACCAACAUACAAUACUUCUUUAUCUCCAACAACAACUCCUGUCAUAACACCAUCAACACCAUCCUUUACUACAACAACAAAUGUCACCACACCAGUAACAACAAUACCUACUACAACAAAUGUCACAACAACAUCAACUACAUCACCUACAACAACAAAUGCACCAGUGGUCUUCUAUAUAGCAGUUGAAAUGCACAUCCCAGCAGUCAGUGUGCCCCCAAAUAUCACUGUUGUACUCAGAGACAUUAUGAAAAAUGUCGUCUCCCCUCAAAUCGAAUCUUUAACAGUAAAAGACUUGAACUUCACCACAUUCUCUACGGGAUGGCAGUGUCAGUGUGAGGACCAGUUUGCUUGGUCAUGUAAGAAGUGUGAACUAUAUGGAGCAUGCAAUAAUGUCACCUCACAAACCUGUGGGUGCAUAAAUGUGCUUCCUCCUGGUGGAGAAUUAUGUCAACCAAUCUCAACUUUCACUCCAUGUAUAACAUCAGCUACAACUACAUUACCAUCAGUUACAACUACAACAAUGACGAUAACACCAACAAUGCCAAACACAACAACAACAAUGCCCUUUCUACCACCACCACUGACAACCACAACAUCAACAACAACAACCACAGCAUCAUCAACAACAACAACCACCACAACAUCAACAACUGCACAGAUGAAGAAGACACUAGAAAUAACUAUGGAUGUUGAAUUCAAGGAAGAAUACAAUCAGGAAACCAAUGACUUUCACAGAAAUGUUAGCAACACUAUCAGGGAUGAAGGACUGAAGCAAGGAAUAGAAGCAAAAUUAAUCAACUUCCGGAGUGGAAGUACCAUUGCCCAAUAUCAAGUCAGUGCUAACUCUUCUGUUACACCAGACUUUCAAGCACUAAAUUUAAAAAUAGCUGGCAAGCUGGCAGAAUCAUACCCUGUGGUAUUUGAGGCAUCGGGUCCCCUGACAUUUGUGCCAAAUGAUGGAUUUUAUGAGGAAACAGUGACUGUCACAUGUGGCCCUCCACCAGUGAAUCUCAAUUUUGGCACUGUCUCAGCAGCAGAGUGGAGACGUAAUACGGUGCUCAUAUCUGAAGAUGGAGAACACAGAAUUUCAAUUAAGGAUGGAAAAUCAACCUUAACUGUGUCAAGAUUUAUUAGCUCUGACAAUGGAGUUUAUGAAUGUCGGCUCAUUCGCACAAACGACAAAGCAUUUUUUCACCAGAAAUCUGCAACAUCCUUCAGUCUGAAAACAAAACCCACAAUCACAGUCUCACCAAUCAGACAGUAUGUGCAAUGUUCUGGAGGAAGUGUGGCUCUGAAGUGCAGUGUGAAUGAUGGGUAUGAGGUUCAGUUUCGGGGCAUUUUGCAAGCAGGCACUGGUACUUCAAUUACCUAUAAUUAUCCUACACCUCAAGGUUGUGAACAAGGGGAAAAGCCAAUCAUCUGUCAGUUAAAAAACCAACCGUUAUUUACAAAUGCAAUAACACUACAAUUAUCAUCACAGAACGCUGUCUGUAAAGAUGACAGAUUUGGCCAAGGAGAUGUAGGUUACAAAGCUGCAGUGCCCUGUUCAGAACCAAACAAGGUGGGAGAAAUAACUGCAGUCUGUAAGGAGAGUGGAAAUUUUGGAGACAUUCAAGACAACUGCAUCCUGUUGCCAGUUAAGGAGCUGCUUGACCAGUCUCAGUUCUUGACUGCCACUACCUUGCCAGCAUUUUUGGAACAGCUCAGCAAUGUCACUGUCAGUUUUACUGAAGAAGUGAUUACAUCUCCUCCCAACAUUAAAGCUAUUGUGAAAAUACUCACCAAUGUAGCCAACAAAACUUCAUCCUUCAAUGUCUCGAUUAGCAGAGAUUCAAUGGAGAAUGUCUUGAUAACAGCAGGGGUUCUCACCAUCAAUGGAACAAAGAAAGCAUGGAACACAUUGAACAAUAAUGACUCCACAAGCAUCUUAAACAAUACUGAUGCUGGAAGUGUCAGCUCGUCUUUAUUGGACUCGCUUGAAAAAAUAACAUCUCAUCUUGUCAAUACAACUUUUGACAUUAAGACAGAAUUUAUUCAGUUAAACAGAACUACAUUCACAGACACUUUCAAUGCUGAAUUUAAUUCUUCAGUGGUAAUAAAAAUACCAGAGUCUUAUGGAGAUAACAAAACAAUCACUAUGAUAGUAUUUAACUCGUUAGAUAAUGUACUACCUGCAAGAAAUGAGGCCAAUUCAUCGCUCAACUCCAUAAACGGCAGGGUUGUACUUGUUCAGUCCAGUGGCCAAAUCAAAAAUAUCUCUUUCACAUUUGAUAUUUUAAAUGAUACACUGCAAAAGCCUGAAUGUGUCUUCUGGAACUUCAGCCUCUUUGAUGGCCUGGGAGGAUGGGAUGGCAAGGGCUGCGAGUUAGUGUUAAACAUAAAUGAAACAGAAACUGUCACCUGCAACUGCAACCACCUGACCUCAUUCUCCAUCCUCAUGUCACCGAACAGUCCAAAGAAACUCUAUUUGGACAUUAUAACCUACAUUGGAGUUGGCAUUUCAAUGGGAUCCUUGGUCAUAUGUCUCAUCAUUGAAGGCCUCAUUUGGAGAAAAAUAAGAAAGAAUGAAACCUCUUACUUGCGUCAUGUUGCCAUUGUUAACAUUGCCGUUUCCCUCCUGAUUGCAAACAUUUGGUUUAUAAUUGGAGCGGCCAUUUCAGAUGCAGAAGUUAAAAACCCUCCAGCAUGCACUGCAGCUACCUUUUUCAUCCAUUUUUUCUACCUGGCCCUGUUCUUCUGGAUGCUGGCCUCAGCUAUGCUGCUGCUCUACCGUACAACAAAUGUUUUUGCUGGUGGUUUGUCUAAAGCAUCUAUGCUGGCCAUUGGAUUUUUUCUAGGCUACGGAGCUCCUCUCAUCAUUGCAACAGUAACUAUAGCUGCAACUGCACCUGACAACGGAUACAUCCGAGAAAAUAUCAUAUGUUGGCUCAACUGGGAUAAGUCCAAAGCUCUGCUGGCAUUUGUGAUUCCUGCACUAUCAAUAGUGGUGAUAAACCUCAUUAUCCUGGUUGUGGUUUUGUACAAAAUCAUAAGGAGAAGGGUUGGAACAACUGCUGCACAAGCAGAGGAAAGGCAUGUCUUAGUGGUUAUUGCCAAGAGCUUGGCUGUGCUCACACCAUUUUUUGGCAUAACUUGGGGUUUGGGAGCUGGAAUUCUGGCUGAUCCAAGAAAUGAAGGAAUCCAUAUUGCAUUUGCAUUCUUCAAUUCGCUACAGGGUUUCUUUAUUCUGGUAUUUGGAACACUGCUGGACGGUAAGGUGCGGUCAGCAAUAGUAUCAUGGUCACAACCCUCCAGAAGUAGGACAGGGAGCACAAGUGCUGGAAACUCAACAUCAAGUGGACUUCGAGUUUUAAGGAACUGGAGACGUGGGAGAGAUGGCUACAACAUGACAUCCAGUGCAUCCAGUGAUUUGCAUUCAGUUAGCAACACAUAAUGUAUGCAGACAACUGUGGUUAUUCAGAUAACCAACAAGAAGUCACCUCACUAACAGGUGCCAUGUUGAAGAGAAAAAUAAUGUUAUUUGCUUCACUUGUCUGUCAUUUUCUACAUGUAUUCAUCAUAAGCUAAUUUUAAAUACCAAACAACAUUUGUUAAAGAAAGUUUUGGUGUUAAUCACUUUAUAAGCUUGGCUACUACUUAGUUGUAGAAGAAAAUCCAUCUCUAAAUCUUGCGGUUUUAUUUCGUCUGAAUAUAUUAUAGCACACAAUCCCAAAUUUAUUCUAAUGAAAAUAAUUCAUUUAGCUUUAAUAAUAUCAUUAAUUCUUACCUAUUGCUGGUAUUUUUAUUCUGUAUAUGUUGUGCUGUAUAAUAAUAAUUUCUUAAUAAUUUCCAUACAUGUUAAUUUUACCCAUACUUUUUUUCUUUGCUGACCACAUUAUAGUUAUACUAACUAGUACCUUUAUAUUAUAGUCACUCUUUACUGGCUACUCAAAAAUAAACCAAAUAUGCUUUUAUCUUUUUUUUGCACACUUAUCGUUGUAUAUUCUUGCAUAAUUUUGACAUGCCUUUAUUUUGAUCCUGUUUAAUAAUGUAUACAACUACAAUUUGCUUUCUAUUACUAAUUAUGUCCUG